AUGGCCCGCCUGUGUCGAAGCUGUUGCGGCUCCAUGCCGUUCGGCAUGGGUAGCUACGCCAGCAGCCAGUCGCACAGAAGUUCGCGCACCGUCUCUUCAGAGUCUGCAAGCGCGAGUAGCGAAGAAAGCUGGGAGAGCAGCGACGCAGGAGACGCAUGCGAAAACGCUGGGGGGAACUACCAACCUCCCAACGACACGCAAGUCCAGCUCCUCGCGAAAAAGUGGAUCGGCCACGUUCAACAAAGAGCCGCCAAAAUAUGGAGCAGAGAACAAGUCAUGCAAAUGUUCGAAACCAUCGCCAGGUCUGUGAACUUCACUGAAGAUCCGAUUCUCGGGGACCCGUCUCCAAAUGCGACGUGCGUCCAGUGGCACGGAGACAUUUCCCAGCAACAAGGCCUGCCUGUGCUGCUGAUUCAGAAGCCGAACAACCCAAGCCCGACCUCGACUUACGUCUGUCGCGUCUUGGCCUUCCUCUUUGCCGACGACGCCUCUCUCAAGCUUCUGAAACAACUUGGAAACAAGCAGUCGGAGAUGAAUUGUGGCAACACCCAGUGCGUGCGUCUGUCGCAUCUCGUUGGCUACACGACUGCCUGGGCGCAAAAGUAUCAGGCGGCAAAGAAAGCGCCUCCGACAGCCCCCCCGAAAGGCAAAGUUCCGAAAAAGGGGCCUCCGAAGGCGAACGGAAAGUAG